GUCCCGGGGGCUUCCUCUCUGCGGAGCCUAGGGUGCUACUACACAGCUUCGGACCUGGCUGGUACAGGUUUCUGCCCCUGGGGCACGAUCAUGCACCUGGUCCUGGUGCUGGGGGUGGCCUUGUGCCUGGGGCGUGGCCAGGCUUCGCUGGGGGCCCCUGAGCGCCCCUUCUCUGUUCUGUGGAACAUGCCCUCAGCACACUGUAAGGACCGCUUCGGCAUACGCCUGCCACUCGAGGCCCUGGGCAUCACAGCCAACCGUGGCCAACGCUUCCGAGGGCAGAACAUCACUAUCUUCUAUAAGAAUCAGUUUGGCCUCUACCCCUACUUUGGACCUGGGGGCAUAGCUCAUCAUGGUGGCAUCCCCCAGGCUGUGCCCCUCGGCCGACACCUGGCACGGGCUGCCUGUCAGAUCCGCCACAGCCUGGACCCUGGCUUUGCUGGCCCGGCAGUGCUGGACUGGGAGGAGUGGUGUCCACUCUGGGCUGGGAACUGGGGCCGCCGGCGGGUUUACUGGGCAGCCUCACGAGCUUGGGCACGGCAGGUGUUCCCCGACCUGGACCCCGAGGAUCAGCUCCACGAGGCCCACGCUGGCUUCGAACAGGCAGCCCGUGUGCUGAUGGAAGGCACACUGCGCCUGGGCCGGGCCCUUCGGCCUCAUGGGCUAUGGGGCUUCUAUCGCUUCCCAGCCUGUGGUAAUGGCUGGCACAGCAUGGCCUCCAACUACACCGGCCGCUGCCAUGCAGCCACGCUUGCCCGAAACAGGCAGCUGCACUGGCUGUGGGCUGCCUCCAGUGCCCUGUUCCCCAGCAUCUACCUCCCGCCCAGACUGUCACCUGCCCACUUCCAGACCUAUGUCCUGCAUCGCCUGGAAGAAGCCUUCCGUGUGGCCCGCACUGGCCACCUGCACCCACUGCCUGUCCUGGCCUAUGCCCGCCUCACACGCCGAGACUCGGGGAGGUUCCUGUCCCAGGAGGAGCUCCUGCACACCAUGGGGGUGAGCGUGGCACUGGGUGCUGCUGGUGUGGUGCUCUGGGGAGACCUGAGCCUCUCCCGAUCCAAGGAAGAAUGCUGGCGUCUCCACCAUUACCUGGUGGGCACCUUGGGCCCCUACGUGAUCAACGUGACCAGGGCAGCUGUGGCCUGCAGUCACCGGCACUGCCACGGUCACGGGCGCUGCGCCCGGCGAGACCUGGAGCAGCUGGAAGCCUUUCUGCAUCUGCAGCCAGAUGGUGCCCCUGGAGCUUGGGAGGCCUUCAGGUGCCACUGUUACCGAGGCUGGGCUGGGCCCACUUGCCAGGAGCGUGAGGCUGGGCCUAAGUAGUGCACCUAAAGCCGGGAGUCACCUGUCGCCCACCUCCCGAACUACUGCUCUUACUGCUCUUGUCCCUGCAGCAGCCCGCUCAGCCCAGGAGGGAGCCCGCAGUCCACCCCUGCUCCGUUCAGCUCAGUCAACCCGCCUGCUCAGGAGCACAAAGGUUUCUCUCUCCUCCACAUCCUGGGAGGUGCAAAGGCCCAGGGGAAACACUUCAGGGUCUGGAAAAUCUGAACAGCACCCCCACCCCCACCCAAGAAGCCCUGGUGACUGUGGUUAUGAACGGCUAACCGCAAGUCAGCAGUUGGAAACCAGUAGCUGAGGGAGAAGGACGAGGCCUUAAGCUCCCCUAAAGAAUAACACCGCUCUUUUAAAAAUAAAAAUCUGACGCCUCCUGAAGAGGAAGCGUGCAAGGUUCCAGGUCCUUGGGACUGUCGGCCCAAAGUUUGGCGUCCACACUGGACUGGGUCUAUGAGGAGGUCACUGGAGGCGGAGCCACGGGCUGGGGAGCCCCAGGGAGAUCUGCACUGAGCUGGGCGCGCUAAACUCUUGAUACGCUGCUUUCAUCAUAAACUCCCUCUCUCACUGGC